AUGGCUCCCGCUUCCGCUACCCAGAAGCUCAAGGAUACUAAAGGCAACUCCCGAGCUUCAAGUGUCUCGAAGGCUGAACCAGAGAGCCCUAGUUCUGAUAGCCAUGAGAGUAACUACUUGAGGGAGCUGCAGAAGAGCCUCCGUAAUGCCGUCAAAAAGCUGAACUCUCUCGCCAAGGUCGACGCAAUCAUCGCCGAAAACCCCAAUAAAUCGCUUGAUGAACUGGUUGAAGAGAAGAAGAUCAACAGCGACCAGAAGGCUCAGGUUCUCAAGAAGCCUACCCUCCAGGCCACUAUCUCCCAGACCGAAGAGCAGAUCGGCCACUACAAGCAAGUCGUUGCUCAGUGCGAGGACCGUUUGGUUGCCCAAAAGGCUGCGCUUGUCAAGGCGCAAGAUGCAGAGCUCGAAGCUGUCCGUAACAACGCGAUUGCUGAUGCGACCGAGGCCUCCAAGGCGGCACUGCGCCAGCAGUUCUAUAACGUGACCAAGUUCCUGUGCGCCGCGGCCAUCCAUCGACGCGAUGGUGAUGCCACCACCACUGAGAGCCGUGCUUUUGAGGGUGUCCUGUUUGAGGUCUAUGCUGGCAAUCAAGCUGCAGUCAAUUCGCUGCUGAAGAUUGCUGAGGGUGUCGAUGAGAAGGUCAAUGCUGUCGAGGGCGAUACACUCGAUUUUACCUAUGGCGAUUUGAAGUUGGCAUCUGACAAGUAUGCCCCUCCCGAGGAGAACGCUGAAGUCGCCCCGGAGACCAACCCCACUACCGACCCUACCAUGGCCAACGCUGGUCUUACUGAGGUUCAAGACACCCCUCUCGAUGCUCAGGCCGAGCUUUCAACCUCUCAGGCUGAUCAGUUGGCCCCUCCUGCUCAGACCCUGGUUUCUGAUGCUGCCAACACUAUUGCGGAGAACAGCUGGGCCCCUCCUCCUGAUGAGAGCGAAUGGGCCAAGCUUCCUCGCAACCCCGCUGAGACUGAAAAUGGGCUUCAGGCUACCCCAGCGAGUGCUGAUGCGGGCCUGAAUAACGGCUCCGCCGGCGCUGAGGUUUCAACCCAAGGGGAUAAUGCAGCUAAGUCUGGUGGACGCCGUCGCCGUGGACAUGGAACCCGCAACGGCCGAGCCCGAGGUGAUACUAAGCGUUCUAGCGAGAGUCGUACUGGCGAGGGUCGUACUGGCGAGGGUCGUACUGGCGAGGGCCGUACUGGCGAGGGCCGUGGACGUGGCGGACGUGGCGGACGAAACGGUCGUGGACGUGGUGGUGCAAGUGGGAACGGAAAUGGCUCUGGCUCGGUGGAAGCUCCUGUUUCCAGCGAGUAG